AUGAUCUACUCGUCCCAGCAACCGGAUCCGGGAAAUGGCACCCAGGGCGAUCCUCUUAACGGGAAGCCGGGCUCGAAACUCGGGUCGACUUCCGAAGAGGUCCCUUUCAAUUUUGCCAACAGAAGAGACUCGCUACUUACCGGAUCAUCCACAGCCCCAACAGACUUCUACCAACAGGGGGCCUCAGCCGUGGGGCCUGAACAGAUGCACAACAACUCGAUAUCAGGUAUGUUUCCCCGCCAGGACAGCAUUUUCUUCCCUCGGUUUUCGUUCGACUCCACAGGGCAGCCGGGCAGUUUUAGUGCUGCCUCGCACCAGCCGCCGCCAGAAGGGUUCCCGUACAGCGAUAUCCAGCGCGAGUACUCGUUUGUGUAUCCGCAGGGCAACCCAAAUACCCAGGCACAGGCUUAUGUGCACCCGUACUCUUCAGAGAGACACCCCACGUCAAACGACCAUGUUUAUGCUCGGAGACCGAGCGAACAACUGGAGCCGUUCAUCACAUCGCAACAACCACAGCAGCAACAGUCUCAGGCGUCGCAGUAUGCUCCCCCACAGAUGCAACCGGGAGGAAGGUCCCGAAGUAACAGCCAUUUCUUCAAGCGAUAUCCCAACAGUGAGCUGCCUGUCGGAGACGUUGACAGUUUUUUGAAGCGCGACAGCGUCAACAAGAUAUUCGACCAGAACGGCGACCUUCUCGAUAGCAUUCCAUACAAUGACCAGCAGACACAGACGCAACAGACGCAACAGCAGUUCCAGCCAGGACACUCGCGACCAGGCAGUAUUUAUUCGGCAGCACCGGUGCUCCCGAUCCCGCCCCGGAUGGUUCUGGAGCCAGGGAAGGGUGUCCAGGGAUUCCAGAAGCCACAGCAGAGCGCACAGUCUGUGCAGGAACCAGAAGAUAUCAAGACAGCAGACAGAAAACGUCCGGCACAUUUCUCCACGGACUCGCCAGGACACGGCAACGCGGGUGCCUUGUCCGCCAGCAAGAAAUCCAAUUUGCAGCAGGCGGCUCAGCCACUUGCCCCAGCUCCGCAGCAGAUCGCGCCCCAGAUCAAGUCGGAGUACGGCAACGUCUCGAACCUGGUUCCUGCAAACCAGGCCCUGCAAACAGAGGACGGCCGGCCUCUUAUUGGAGCCACCAAGGUGGACCAGCUGAUGCUGGUGAUCCAGGCGCGCAAGAAGGGGCUCACGGGCGACAUUCGCCAGGCAGACGACGGCACCAUCCUGGAGGAGGUGGCUCCGGGCAAUCCAAGCACGUCUGUGCUACCAAACCCGGUGGAGCUUGUUGGCGGGGUGGAGAAACCAAACAUCAGGGGCCACAAACAGCACCAAUGCCAGUACUGUUUCAAGAAGUUUACGCAGUCCACUCACCUGGAAGUGCACAUCAGGUCGCAUAUUGGACUCAAGCCGUACGAGUGCUCCUAUUGCGGCAAGAGGUUUACGCAAGGAGGCAACUUAAGAACACACUUGCGUCUUCACACGGGUGAAAAACCGUUCAAGUGCGAGGUUUGCGAGAAGUCGUUCUCCAGAAAGGGCAAUCUCCAAGCACACAUGUUAACGCACAACAACUUGCGGCCGUUUGUGUGCAAGUUUGACAAUUGCAACAAGAGUUUUACCCAACUAGGCAAUUUGAAAGCUCACCAGAACCGGUUCCAUUUGAAAACUUUAAACGAGCUCACCAACAAGCUGGCGCACAUUUCAUCGUCGUCCAACUCGAUCGACUCGCUGCCGCCCAACGAGCGGGAUUUGUUACUGUAUUUCGCCGACCUGUACAAGAACCUGAACAGAGGAAUCCGGGGCCGUGGUAAGGGCGUGAAAAACGCAGACGCGUACCCGGGCGAGGGCCUCUAG